AUGAGUGACGAAGAAGCCCUCCAAAAACAAUUCGAAAAAUUGGCCGAAUGUGAAACCGCCAUGGCCAAGGUCGACAAGGAAGUCGAACAGUUCCGCAUCGACAAGCUGGCUGCUCUCUUCAACCAGCGCCGCGACAUCGUCCGCGAAAUGCCCAAGUUCUGGUACAUCGCCCUCGCCGAACAUGAGGACUUUGUCGACUUGAUCGCCAUGGAAGACCUUAAAUUUUUGGAAGAUGUUAAGGAUAUCUAUGUUGAUUACCAAGAUGUUGACCAUUUCACCAUCACGUUUGAAUUUGACGGCGAAUUGGUGCCUAAACAGACCGUGACUAAGAAGUUCACCGUCACCACUGAAGACGGCGAAGAUAAGAUCACUUCCGAAGCCGUUGCCAUUGAGUGGCCUGAGGAGCUUAAGGAGAUUAACCCUAAGUUGAUUAAAGAGGCUAAGGGGGCUGAUUUGUCUAAAGAAGAUAAGGCUAACUACCGCACGGGGAUGAGACUGCUUUUCGCCUGGUUCGACUGGACCGGUGAGAAACCCGGUAAGGAGUUUAGAGAAGGCGAUGAAUUGGCUCGGGUUUUAGCCAACGACAUUUACGUCAAUGCCGUCAAGUAUUAUACUGUGGCGUUGCAAGACGACGGCGAAGACGUCGAGGUUGACUCCAGUGAAGGCGAAGAAUUAGACCUUGAAGACGACGACGACGACGACGACGACGAACAACCGAAAAAGAAGCAAAAGACGGAAUAG